AUGGGUCUGCUGCGUUAUGCAGCAUUUUUGGGUGGGAUUGCCUUACUGGGACACCAUAUCAUGGAUAUGCUGCAUACCAAACAUCCACUCCACUUUGGAGGAGACGCUGACAGUGAAUACGAAUCUGUUCGCCAAGCUUUCCAGCAAAAUUUCGUCGAUGGUUGGGAGGAUGAAGGAGCGUCAGUGGCAGUCUAUGUUAGAGGAAGGAAAGUUGUUGAUCUAUGGGGUGGUUAUGCCGACAAGCAAGCAGCAAGAACCUGGAAGAAGGAUACGAUAAGCGUAGUCUUUUCCUCAACUAAAGCAGUAGCUGCUCUGUGCAUUGCUCUUUUGGCUGACAGAGGACGGCUGAGGUAUGACGAUCUCGUCUCAAAACAUUGGCCAGGCUUCGCUAAGAAUGGUAAAGAUAAUAUCACCAUAGAAUGGGUGAUGUCGCAUAUGACUGGUCUACAUUACUUUGACACCCCAAUCACGGAAGAAAUGGCAUACAGUCACGAUAUUAUGAGGAAAGUGAUCGAAAGCGAAACUCCGAAGACAGUUCCAGGCGGACAAAGCGGUUAUCAAGCGCUCACUUACGGUUGGCUUGUGGAUCAGAUUAUAAGACAUACGGACGAAAAAAAGAGGGGCAUUGGACAAUUUUUACGCGAGGAAAUCACUCAGCCACAUGGUAUCGACUUCCACAUCGGUCUGAAUCCUUCUGAGGAGCACCGUGUAGCUCGAGUCUCCCUAUCUCCAAUUUCUGGCCUUAUAGGAGAAAUGUGGCAUGACUUCCGAGUUGCAGAGCAAGUAUACAAUUUUUGGACAAUGGACAAGAACAGUCCAUUGAUGAAAAUAAUCGCUAAUCCUUCUUGGUUCAACGUCAUGACGCAAUGCACAGUGAACAAUCCCGACCAUCACGCUAUGGAGCAGGCGGCUGCGCUUGGCAUAGGAAAUGCUCGUUCAUUGGCAUCGAUAUUUAAUCUGUUCAUCAACGGUCGCAUCGUAAGUGAAAAAACAAUGUCUCUACUGAAGAGACCAGUGAAUAACGAAACGGACUUAGUAAUUCUUUUACGCGUUGCGAAAGGUCAUGGUUUCUUCUAUGGACCUGUACUUGAAGAGGAUAAUAUAUUGAUUGGACAUUCUGGUCACGGAUGUCAACAAGUGAUUUUUGAUUUGAAGAAUAAAGUCGUUAUUGCCUACGUCACGAACGGAAUGAAAACUGGUUUCUUCGAUCGCUGCCGCACCUAUGCACGGAUUCAUAAGGCAGUGUAUGAUGUCGUCAUGCGAUCACAAUCAGCGAGCUAA